AUGGGUUAUUUGGCUCUUCUCUCUAAGGGCAAGAACAUAACUGAAGAUGAAGAAGAGUUGGAUCUGGCUGAACACGAUCUGACUAAUGAAGACUAUGCGUUGAUAGUUUCAAACCCAAAGAAUUUCAUUUGUAGAAAGUUUCCCACUAAUAAGAACCAAAACUGGCAGGGUAGCUAUAGUUCCGAAAAGGUGAAGGAAAAAGAGAAGACCUCUCCUCAACAGGAUGAACCGAAGAAGGAGAGCAAGAUGUCAGGUGACUCAGGAUUUAAUUGUCACUUUUGUGGAGGCAAAAACCACUUUGCCAAAGACUGUGUGUUGAGGAAGAUGACAGAGAAGAAUGACAAUGAAGAUGAUGAAGCUUACCAUCUACGUAAGCUAGAGGAAAUCAAGAAGAAGAAAGUUGUUGCUAAUAACAAUACUAUGAAUGCUCUUAUUGUGCAGGAAAAUCUUAUGGAUGAUGAGUUCGGCAAGAAAAUUCAAAGUACGAUUCUUCCUUUCCUUGAAUUAAAGAAUGAUGAAAUUGAUGCUGAUGUAUAUAACUGUGAAGCUGUUAAGUUUAACUCACUGAAUGCCAAGUUAAGUUUAGAAAACAAGAUUGAUGUUGAAAACGCUUUUGAAUUUGAUGAGAAUGAUGAUUUGAGUGAAAUAUAUGUAGAGGAUGAGGUGGACUGUUCUGAAUUUGUCAAGAGUGAACCCGAACUUGUCAAAAAUCUCAUUUCUGAAAAUUUUGUUGAGUUCGCUCUUACAGGAGUUACACAGAAGCAAACACUCGAACUGACUACAUUAUUAAACGAAGAUAAUGAUGAAGGAUGUGAUGAAUUUUUCUGGUCAGCUCCUAUCGACAAUGCUGAUGAGACGGUCGGUCUUUCUGAGAUAACAUCAUGGAGGGUCAAAGGCAGAUAUGUGGCAGAACCACUUAACAAGCCUACACAUUUUGAUGUGCCAAGCACAAGUGAUACCAAAAAUUUUCUAAGUGAACCAGUCAAGGCGACAAGCGUAACUUCCUCCCUAAAAAGCGAAACUCAUAUUAAAAGACUGAAUCCAAAGGUUAUACAUGAAGAGCAGUUCAAUAAUGAAUGGUACAUAGAUAGUGGUUGCUCACGUCACAUGACAGGAUGGAGAGAAAAGUUGAGGGAGUUUCGGGCCCUUAAGGAUGGUGCAUGUGUUAAAUAUGGCAAUAAUUCAUUUGGCACAAUAACAGUCUAUGGGAUGAUUACCAACCGUGAAUUCUCAAUUUACAAGGUGGCUUAUGUAGAGGGAUUGCAUCAUAAUCUCAUCAGUGUUUCUCAAAUGGUUGUUGGAACUGGACUGAAGGUUUCAUUUGAUGAUGAAGGUUCAGAGAUUGUUGAGAAGAAAACGAAUAAUGUUUUGCUAAAAUCCAAGCGUAAAUGA